UUUGCACAUCGGAAGCAAAACGAACUAAAAUAUAAUAUCUCUCCUUUUUUACAGGUUCGAAGUUGCAAAAUGAAGUUUUUCCUCCUCACAGCGUUCUUUGUAGCAACCAUCUCUUGCGUCAAUGCAGGCAAGACACAGAGGCUGUUGGCUGCUAUGGCAGCUAUGAACGGACAAAUGAUGAAUCCAGCAAACCCUGGAGUUCUGGCUGGAGGUCUGAAUGUACCUCUUGUAGCUGGUGGUGGAGCAGGGUUUAUUGGACAGCCCCAGUUUGCUCAGUUCGUUCCUAGAAUUCCUGCUUUCGCCGUCACAGCCCCCGUCCCCAACGCGUACCCUUUCCCUGCAGUCAACGCGUUUCCUUACAUGGGAGCUCCCCAAAUGCCUCAAGUGAAUCCUCCUCAGCAGCCCAUGAUGAUGGUCCCAGGAGGUGUCAUGCAGCAGCAGCAGCAGCAGCUUCCCCCUCAGGCUGAGAUUCAGAGAUUCAGACGUCAGCUUAGGAAGCCAGGAAACACCUUGGAGGCUUCUGUGGACACUCAGAUUCCAGCUCCUUCUGAGUCAACAACAACAACAGCUCCCUGUGAACAAGACGAUCAUCAAGAGACUUACUAAGUCAUCAAUGUUACUGUAACAUUAUAAAAUGUGCAAGCGAUAUAUGAUAUGCAGCACCAGAAUCAAAUAUGACUUGAGUGAUUUUGCUUUUCUCUGUGACACAAUGUGACAGUGGUUUGUUUCAGGCUGGGUUUUUGAUCAAUAAACUCAACUUAAAA